AUGGGUGUUCAUGCUCUUUGGGACAUUUUGGGGCCUACCGCCAAACCCGUGCGAUUGGAUUCGUUGAAGAACAAACGGCUGGCAGUUGAUGCUUCAAUUUGGAUAUAUCAAUUUCUCAAAGCUGUGAGAGAUAAAGAAGGAAAUGCUAUGCGCUACUCCCAUGUUGUUGGAUUUUUCAGACGUAUCUGUAAACUGCUGUAUUUUGGAAUCAAACCAGUCUUUGUCUUUGAUGGAGGAGCACCAGCUUUGAAGAAACGAACAAUUCAGCAACGUAAAGAGAGACGUCAAGGUCGUAGGGAGAAUGCUGCCACUACAGCCAAAAAGCUUCUGGCACGUCAGAUGCAAAGCAAUGGGAACAUGGGAACUCUCUCAUCCACGCCUCAACCGCAUGUGCACAAACUUAACGACGAAUACGAUCUACCUCGAAUACCUGGAUUCAAAUACGAUUCCAGCGAUACCAGAAUCAACGCAGACGAUUUCAAAACCAUCAUGGAAAACAUUGACGAAUUAGACGGUGUAGACCUUGACUCGAUAAAUCCUGCCUCCAAAGAGUUCGACGAAUUGCCGAAGUCGACUCAGUACAUGAUUUUGUCGGCCUUGAGACUCAAAUCCAGACUGAGAUUGGGUUACUCGAAGGAACAGCUAGAGAAUCUUUUCCCGGACAGCAUGGAUUUCUCAAAAUUUCAGAUAGAUAUGGUGAAAAGGCGAAACUUCUUCACUCAAAAAUUGAUGACUGCCACUAACACAAAUGAUGGCGGUGCAUCGAAGCCUGACUAUGGACCCAAUUCGCGAGUGGCAGGACAACAUGGUAAAGAAUACCAGCUGAUCCGUACCGAAAACGGAUGGGCGCUCAGUUUGACAGGCAACGACGGUUCUGAGAUUAGCAAAGCAAUUACGCUAGACGAGAAGCCUCAAGUAACAGCUGCUCAUAGCAGCCACAAUGAUGAUGAAGAUGACGAGGAUGAUAACGGGGUGGAUUGGGAGGACAUAGAGCUCAAAGAGACCGGGAAAAAAGAAGAGGUCGAUUAUUCCGUAAAGGCCUCUUUACUUCCUGCAAUGGGUACAAGUUUGCAAUUCGGAGGAGGGCAAUCGUUUUUGGAUAAAAGACAUGCUGAAUCAGAGCCAGCUAAGAAGGCUAAGAAUUUAGUACACGUUCCCGAUGAAGCAGUAGGGUUUGACGUUGGGCAGGGUGAUCAAUAUGGUGCUAUAAACGACAUCAAAAGUCAUGAUUAUGAUGAGAAGAGUGACGAUGAGUACGCAGACCUAGAGAAAGACCUUCAGCUCAUGGAAAAUGUGAAGAGGUCUGGGAAGGGUGCUAGAUACCAAAUGCCCGAAUCAGAGUUAUUAGAUGAAGACCUCGAAGAUCUUGAUCGUGUCCAAUCCAGCAAUGCAGGCGGUUCUCAAAUCCAAUUGAGGCGGCAAGAAGAAAAGAGAGGAUCUGUUGAAUCGAAAUCGAAUCCAUUACAAGAGGAAACGCCAAACACCGUGCUGUAUAAGCCUGUCGAGACAACUGCACAAGCUCAAUCAGAUGAGAAAGAAGAAAAAUCAAUCGACGAUGUUGAAGAGCUAGAAUCAGAGUCUGGCAGUCUUCCGGAAAAGCCUAAAUUGCCAACGCCUGAGUGGUUCAAGUCAUCUGGCCCUUCGCAGUUCAAUCCCCAUUUAGGAACUUCUUUCUUGACGAGCGAUCAAAACAACGAUAGCACAGUGGAUAAAGAGAGAGGUUUUCUUUUUACUGGGCCACAAGCGGCCGAAAUUUUAUCGGCAACAAGAGAGGGUGAUGAGGUGCCAGACAACGAUGAACUUGAAGAAAUUCCACCACCUGAUAACAAACUUGUACAGUCACCUAGCCCUUGGCCUAGCCCCGACAAUGUCGAAAAGGCAGCUGAACGCACGAAACCUGCUCCUGUUGUAGAUUACGAUUUUUCGGAAGGGGAGGAAGAUGCUCUUGUUCAUCAGCUCAGGGAAGAGGAGCAAGAUUACAAUACCUUCAAAAGUGCUCUGAAUCCGACAAGUGCCGGCGCUACUUUUAUUGAUGACGAGUUGGAAGGACAACAAAUGAGAGACAAGAGGGACUCUGAUGAAGUUACAGCUGCUAUGGUAGCGGAAGUACAAGAGCUACUCACACGAUUUGGGAUUCCUUAUUUGACAGCACCGAUGGAGGCCGAAGCUCAGUGUGCUGAGCUACUCAUGCUGAAACUUGUUGAUGGUAUUAUCACGGAUGACAGUGAUAUAUUUUUAUUCGGGGGCGACAAGGUCUAUAAGAACAUGUUCCAAGAAAAGAAUUAUGUGGAGUACUAUUACGGCGACUUGAUCGUCAAGGAGCUUGGUUUGGACAGGGAAAAAUUCAUCGAGUUGGCCCUGCUUCUUGGGAGUGAUUACACUACAGGUGUCAAAACAAUAGGGCCCGUAUCUGCCAUGGAAGUGUUGGCAGAGUUUGGAAGUUUGAUGAACUUCCGGGAUUGGUAUAAUGGAGCCCAAUUCGACAAGCAGCUUCAGGGAAAAGAAUCGGCAUUUGAAAAAAAACUGCGUAAGAAGCUCGCUACUAAUGAGGUAGUUCUUGGGUCUGAAUUUCCUAGCGACCUGGUAAGAGAAGCUUACCUGCGUCCAGAGGUAGACCGUGAUUCGACGAAAUUCACCUGGGGCGUGCCCGACCUGGACAGACUUCGGGAAUUCUUCAAAUCCACUAUUGGAUGGCCCAAAGAGAAGACGGAUGAAGUGAUGGUUCCGUUGAUAAGAGAGAUGAACAAUCGAAAGAAAGUUGGUUUAGAAAGGACUUUGACAAGUUUUUUCCCCACGGAAUACAUCAAAGCUGGUAAGGAUCUAAAGUUGGGGAAACGGAUAAAAGAGGCCAGUGGAAAAAUAAAAUCGAAAAAGCUGAAGACCAAGUAA